GAGCACGAGCUUCAGUUGGUUACGGUCGGAAAAAUUUUCAUAUCCGCCGCGGUUCGGGAAAAUCAGGGAGAAUAUACAGAAAGUACUUAUUCUCACUGCUGGUCACUAGGAAAAGUUCCAACUGAAACUUGAAAAGUGGUUGAGCCAACAUGUAUGUGAAUUCAAAUUUCGCGCUUUAUCGGGAGAAAUGAUAGUUCGAAACGGGAAGUAGGAAAAAGGUGGCUGAGGAUGUGUAGCAGUGUCGAUAAGUGAAAUGGAUAAGUGCGUGAAUUAAGGAUAAUUCAAUCCUUUGCCGGGGAAGGCCGAUAAGUAGUUCUACGUGCCGUUAUUAGUUGCAAAUUUCGCGAAAGUUUACUGCCGAUUAAGAAAGCUCAAAGUGAAAAUACCAACAAAGUUUAAAACGCUGCCAUUUAAACAAAAAGUAAAUCUGGAAUUAUCUUGUGAAUAUAUAAAGUUACAGUACACAGUUUUCAGUGAGGAGAGAGAGAGAGUGGAUAAACCAAGAAUACUCAAAAGCGAAUCGGAGCCAAGUCGAAGCUGAGCUAUAUAACACGAGCAAACACUCUUUAUUCGAACAAGACAGAAAGGAUCUAAAACGGAAAGCUUGAGGCGAACAUUUGAAAGAAGAUACCAGGAAAUUGUGUACAUACAACAAAUCGGACAAAGCGUCACAAUAACAUCAAUCAAUGCCACCGAAUACAAAUAGCUGCAACAUUGCAUUUAAGCGUUUUCCAUUUAUUUGCUGAUAUAACCAGAAAUAACGACGACAAUCGCCAUUAUGACUGCCAACAGGCUGGGUGGUGAUUGGACGGAAGAAGAUGUUUGUCAUUGUCGCCAACGUUCGGAACCUGACCAUCACCAAGAAGACCAUCACCACUAUCAUCAUCAUCGUCACCACCAUCAUAAUCACAAACAAUAUCCUCAUCAUCAGAAGCGUGAACGACAACGACACCAACGACAACAAUAUUCCCUUUUUCGUACGCCAUCAGCCACAAGAAGUUCUUGGACGAUUUGUUGGCUAAGCUUAUUUUUAUUAGUGUCGUAUGUUGACGAGACACAAGCAGGAUUUGCCUGUCUAAGCAAUCCUUGUGUGUUUGGCGUGUGCAUCGAUGGAUUGAAUAGCACAUAUUCAUGCUACUGUAUAGAUGGAUAUACAGGAGUCCAGUGCCAAACUAAUUGGGAUGAAUGCUGGUCGUCACCGUGUCUUAAUGGGGCGACUUGUAUUGAUGGUGUCGCGUAUUAUAAUUGUACGUGUGCUGAAGGAUUUACCGGAGUAAAUUGCGAAGAGAAUGUCGACGAAUGUCUGUCUAAUCCAUGUCAGAACGGUGGCAUAUGCAGGGAUCGGGACAACGGUUACAUUUGCACCUGUCCGCCAGGAUAUUUAGGAACACAUUGUGAGAUAGAUGUUGCAGUUUGCGAAACAGGAACUGGCGCGAGAUGUCACAAUGGAGGUGAAUGCAUUGAAGGACCGGGUCUCAAAUUCACAUGUCGUUGUGCGCCUGGUUGGCGAGGACAUAUUUGCCAAGAUGAAAUUAAUGAAUGCGAAUCGUCACCAUGUCAGAAUGGUGGGGUUUGUGUGGACAGACUCGCAGCAUAUGUAUGCGCCUGUCCAAUGGGAUAUACAGGAAUCAAUUGUGAAGAAGAAAUUCUGAUCUGUUCCGCAAGUCCGUGCCAAAACAAUGCACUUUGCUUAAUGGAAGAAGGAGUGCCGACAUGCUACUGCGUACCAGAUUUUCAUGGUGAACGGUGUGAAUAUCAGUAUGACGAAUGUCAAUUGGGACCGAAAUGUAUGAAUGGUGGCGUUUGUAUAGAUGGUGUAGACACAUUCACAUGCUCCUGUCCACCACUUUUGACCGGACUAUUUUGUGAAUGUCUGAUGCUGGAUGGUGGUUUAUUAGAUUGCAAUUACACAGGUCCGCCACCUAUUCCCAUAACAACGACGAGGAGGCCGCCAACAACCACGCGAAUUUCUAUACCUAGAUACCCAACAACACGAUAUCCCACUACUCGAUAUCCUACUCACUGGUACACCGCAACAAAGACUUCAUCUGUUACCACAGUUACGCCAUUUAUCUCUCAAGCCACAACAAUACGAGCUCAAAUCGAAACUUCAACCGGUACCCCAGAAUCGGAAAGUACCGAGGAUUCAGGCGAGACAGUUUCUAGUGAAUCGGAAUCGACUGAAAACCUAACAACAGAACCUCGAUUUGAAUUCGAUUCAACUAUUACCACAACAAUGCGGGGAAUUACUGUUCCGGUUCCAGUGACAACUAAAUCUUCAGUCUAUCAUAAAACAACGAUUGUACCACCAUUUUCUAGCUACGAUGAAUACACCACACAUAAAUCGCGAACCCCCAUAGAAUUCACGCACUGGACAACAACUAGAGCGUCAACACCAUAUCGAGAAGGGGCGACAGAAACUAUAGAUUUGUCAAGCAGAACUACUAUUCUCCCACCAUCGCAAACUAAACCACCAUAUCAAACAUUGCCAACAGAAACACCAUUUGAAACAUCGCCAACACAAUCGCCACACAGUUUCACGAUACCUACGAAAUCAAUCUUUGAACCAUCUCCAACGAUACCAUCGUAUCAACCCUCACCAACGGAACCACCAUUCGAGACCAUGCCAACGCAGUCAUCGAGUGAGUCAUCGUCCGCACCACUUGAAACAACCUCAUCUUCUUCAGAAGAGUACAUUGACUACGAUGCCGAGACAACAACGACUACCACUGCCAAGCCACGUGGACUUAUUGGCAUCACCACAACAAUUGUUCCUUUUUUCACGGAAUACCCGGAAAUUUUUGUUUCAACCAAAUAUGCCGAUACUACAAAAGAGCUAAUAGCUUCAAGCCACUUUACAACUUACAAACCACCCCCACCGCCCCCUCAAUACACUACACCUUCCAGCUACCCUUAUGAGCCGUCAGAAGACUCUGAAGAAAGAAUAUCGACAAUUACUACAACUGCCCCACCACCACCAUCUCCAGUAAUUCCUACUUACCGUCCAAUACCCACGUAUCCACCGCCAGUUCCUAGUCCAGCAUCACCUCCUCCCGCUACAACGCAACCCCCUCCACCUACAUUACCCCCGACUACUACACCUCCACCUCCACAACACACGGUUACUAUUGUACCGCCACUAGUCACAACUCGCCCUCCUCCACCAGUAACAACAACUCAAACUGUUAUUCAAGUAUCAUCCACAUGGUCGUCACAACCCUCAUUCCGUCCCACCCCACCACCAUUCUCAUUCAUACCUGAACAUACUACUAAAUCCCUAUACACUGAAGAUUUAGUGACCUAUGCACAACCGGCCGUGACCACAGAGCAACCCGCCAUUCCUCAACCAACUUCACCGCCACCCGAAAACUUCACCGGUAUACCGGAUUGUGGCAGAGUUGGAUGUUUCAAUGGCGGCACAUGUGUUACUACAACAGAAGGAUCAAGGUGUGUUUGCCGUUUCGAUCGUCAGGGACCACUUUGCGAAACGCCCAUCAUCAUUAAAAAUGCUGCAUUUUCCGGUGAUUCGUAUGUCAGUCAUCGCAUACACAAGGACAUUCCGCAUCAUGAUACCCUCGAAUCUGUUCUACCCAUGCAUAUUCAACUCAAAGUUCGGACACGUGCCACAAACGGACUAAUUAUGUUGGCGGCCGCACAAGGUAGUAAAGGUAGACACUAUAUGGCGCUAUUCUUGCAAAAAGGACUUCUACAAUUUCAAUUCUCCUGCGGUCUACAAACGAUGCUACUCAGCGAAUUGGAAACUCCGGUCAAUACGGGCAAUGAGAUAGUCAUUAGGGCCGAAUUGGACUUCAGUCGAAACUUAACACAUUGCAAUGCAUCCUUGCUGGUCAACGAUACGCUAGCAAUGUCCGGCGAUCAACCCACAUGGCUCAAGUUGCUCCCAUCGCGAAUGCAUACUCCUGAUGCAAUUCAGAAUACAUGGCUUCAUCUGGGCGGAGCACCUCAGGCGCCCAUCGGAUUAAUCAUUGAACUGCCACCAGCACAAAGUGGAACCGGAUUUACCGGAUGUCUGCAUUCGUUAAGGAUUAAUGGCGAAGAUCGAGAUAUAUUUGAAGAUGCCCUGGACGGAUUUAGUAUAACUGAGUGCGGAUCGUUGGCUUGCCUAUCGAGUCCUUGUCGUAACGGGGCGGCAUGCAUUAAAAUCGAGGAGCCUGCCACCGAGCCGGGAGGAACGAAACAAGAGAAAUGGAAAUGCAAAUGUCCUACAGGAUAUAUGGGGCCGACAUGUGAGAUAUCCGUGUGUGAGGAUAAUCCGUGCCAGUAUGGAGGGACUUGCGUUCAGUUCCCGGGAAGCGGAUAUCUAUGCUUGUGUCCGCUUGGCAAGCAUGGUCACUAUUGCGAACACAAUCUCGAAGUAGCACUUCCAUCUUUCUCCGGGAGCGUGAACGGUCUAUCAUCAUUCGUCGCUUACACUGUGCCAAUCCCGCUCGAAUACUCAAUCGAACUCAGCUUCAAGAUUCUUCCACAGACCAUGUCCCAAAUAUCUCUCUUAGCCUUUCUAGGGCAAAGUGGAUACCACGAUGAGAAAAGCGAUCACUUAGCUGUAAGUUUCAUUCAAGGCUACAUCAUGCUCACGUGGAAUCUCGGGGGCGGACCACGAAGGAUUUUUACCCAGAAACCUAUAGACUUCCGACUCGAUGCUCCGCGCGUACCCUACGAAAUCAAAGUCGGACGAAUUGGACGACAAGCAUGGCUCUCUGUUGAUGGAAAGUUCAAUAUAACAGGCCGAUCACCGGGCAGCGUGACACGUAUGGAUGUGAUGCCCAUACUAUACUUGGGUGGCCACGAGAUUGCCAAUUUCAACACACUCCCGCAUGAUCUACCAUUGCAUUCCGGAUUCCAAGGCUGUAUCUAUGAUGUGCAGUUGAAAGCAGGACAAGUGACUGUACCGCUACAAGAAACGAGAGGAGUGAGAGGUCGAGGAGUUGGGCAGUGCGGAACAAGGGAAUGCCAUAGACAUGCAUGUCAGCAUGAUGGAGCGUGUUUGCAGCACGGUGCCACCUUUACAUGCAUAUGCCAAGAAGGCUGGUAUGGACCUCUAUGUGCGCAAGCUUCGAACCCAUGUGAUUCUUUCAACAACAAAUGUGCGGAAGGAUCAACAUGUGUGCCUCUAGUCAAUGGUUACGAAUGUGACUGUCCUGUAGGAAAAACUGGAAAGAAUUGCGAAGAAGAUAUUCGAUCGCUCAGUGAUGUUUCCCUAACAGGUCGACGGUCAUACCUAGCCGUUCGUUGGCCAAACUUCAAUACAGAGCGAUCAGAGCGUGUAAGCACGAAGCGAUCACAGAUAGUCCAUUACAGAAAUUUCACGAAGAAAAUCAUGCCAAAACCAAUUUCGUACACAUCACAACCAGGCCAGCACUUUGUCAUGAAACUUCUCAAUGAAGUAGAGAAACAACGUGGUUUUACUUCACCUCCUCUAGUCAACAGCCCUUCAUUAGACGACCAUCACCGCGUGCAGUUCUUCUUCAUUGAAUUUCAAAUUAGACCACUCUCCGAAAGGGGGCUAUUACUCUACUUUGGAAGCUUAAAUAACAACCAUGACCAGAGGAGUGGAUUCGUGAGCCUUUCAUUGCAGGGCGGAGUUGUAGAGUUUCGAAUUUCCGGACCCAAUUCACAUGUAACUGUGGUGCGAAGUGUGAGGAUGUUGGCUAUUGGAGAGUGGCAUAAGAUAAAGAUGGCACAACGAGGCCGUUGGUUAACCCUCUGGGUUGAAGGCAGCGCGUCAUCAGCUUUGGCACCAUCAGCUGAAGUUCUUGUAGAGCCAGAAUCAUUAUUGUAUAUUGGAGGACUAAGAGAUUUAUCACAGCUUCCACACAACGCUAUCUCAGGAUUCCCAAUACCAUUUAGAGGAUGUGUCAGGGGACUGAUUGUUAGCGGUAAUAGGAUAGUUUUGAACGAAACUAACAUCUUAGAGUCUCGAAACAUCAGAGAUUGUGACGGUACAGCGUGUGGAGGCGACUCCUGUGAAUCAGGCGGACACUGUUGGCUAGAUGAGAAACUUCAACCACAUUGUAUAUGUCCCGAAUAUGCCAAAGGCGAUCGUUGCGAAUUCUCCGAAUCGUGUAAAUUGGUUCCGUGCAAAAAUAAUGGACGCUGUCUGAGAAGCGGCCGAUGCAGCUGUCUGAAUGGUUGGGGCGGAUUUUAUUGUGAAAUUGCAAUGAAUAAACCAACAACACCAAACUUCCGCGGCAAUAGUUACCUCGUCCUUCCACCACCACGAAUCCCGGUCAAGGACAAACGAAAAGGACCAUCAAUGUAUAUCAGAGCCAAGGAUUCGCUAGCGAUAUCCUUAAAUUUUUCAACGAUAGAACCGAACGGGUUGCUCCUAUGGAGUGGCCGAGAUAAUUCACGCUUCUUAGGACUCGGUCUGCAGAAUGGACAUCUUAAAUUGGCCACUAAUCUCCUAGCAUCAAAUAAUAAUUCAGUAGAUGCCCCAUCUGGUGGCUAUCUCGCCGAUGGUGGAUGGCAUAAUGUCCAAGUAACGACUGACCGAGGUAAAAUUGAAAUGGUAGCUGAUGGCCAAGUUAUUUUUACGGAGAAAGCAAAUCAAAAUCUGUCACCGUUUCGUCGUCUUAAAAGCGACCAAUCCAUUUCAUAUGAAGAUAUUUUCUUCUUAGGUGGCUUCCCGAAUGGUGAAUCAGUUGCAGUAAAAACCAACCAUCGUUUCAAAACAUCAUUCAAAGGCUGUUUAAUGGACGUAUCUUUUGGCACCGAACCCAACUCCAUAAUAAGUGAUUUCUCACCAUAUCACGGAGAAAACAUUGGAUCAUGUGAACUGCACGACGAGCAGACUAUUGUAUAGAAAAGAAAUUAUAUGGAAUUUUAAAAAAUAUAUAACAAUAAGAUAAUCUUAAAUUAAAUAGAAACAAAAUUUAAAAACAAAUGAAAAAAAAAAAC